AUGGGCUGGGCCGGGCCGAUGUUGAUAGCCCAUGGACUGGUUUUUAUUGGCCCGACCCGGCCCAUUGAGACCUCUGCUAUAUAUGUGACUAAACUUAGUCAAAAAUCACUUGACAUAAUACUUUCGGACGAUUACAUAAAAACAAUUGAUCUUCUAUUAGCUACACGUUACAAUAACGUUGGAUAUAUUUAUUCGUUAGAUUAUACAAAACCAUUACCAUUCAAUAUUCCAUUAAUAUCACGAGUCUUUUGUAAUCUGGCUGUGACUUACGAACAAUCUGAAAAUUACUCAAAACCAGAAUUCUAUUGGAAAAAAGGUUUCGUACAUCAUCUUCAAUCAAUGCCAAAUAAUACGGAUGCUACGGAUUCUCUCUUUCCAACAGUUGCAAUAAAUUUAGCUGAUCAUCAGAAGUAUGCUGAAUCGAUUGACUAG